AUUGUUAUUUAUUUAUUUUAAUUUUUAUAAAAAAAAAAAAGAAAAGCUUAAAAUAUGAACAGUUUGGUGGGAGAAAUUUGAUUAAUUUCGAGACAUCGAGACACUCGAGGUGAUUCAAAAGUCAGCAUUCGAAUACGAACAUGCUGCUUUGUUAAAAAAUAUCAUCUAAAAUUCAAGUGCUAUUUUAUGUAUUGAUAUUUUUAAUUGUCAAAAAAAUUUAUAUGUCAAGUGAUUUGAUAAUAUAUAAUCUGUGAUUUAAUUUCCUAGUGACUAAACAUUAAGUGUAAUAUAUUUUAUAAAUCAAGUGAUAAAUUAUUUUAAUUUUUUAAAAAAUGAAUGGAACAACGUCAAUUGGUAGUGCUGAUUCACAACAAAUUCAGCGACAAACAUCACAACAUGACACCAAUUCAGAGCAUGCUAGAAGUCCAGAUAGUCCUUUGAGUGUUCGUCAUGAUUCAAGAGAAUCAAGUGUUAUAUCACCAGGUUCACCAGAGCAUUACAGUCCACUUGGUGCAACUGGAUCAGCAUCAAGUCAUGAUCCAUAUAUAUCAAGAUCAGCACAAGAAUGUCCAGUUCCACUAUGUCGUGCAAUGCCACCUGAUUUUCCACUAGCAAGAUCACCAUAUUUAACAUCAAUUGGCAAUGGACAUUCUCAUCUUCUUCAAGUUCAACACCAGCAUCAACAACAUCAACAACAUUCACAGCAUCCAUCAGACAAUCGACAACAGCUUCAACAAAAUCAUCAGCAUCAACAUCAACAUCAUCAACAGCAACAACAACAGCAACAACAGCAGCAACAGCAACACGGUGGAAAAACACCACGUAGUCUUGGUUUGAUAUGUGUUGUUUGUGGCGAUACAAGUUCUGGAAAACAUUAUGGAAUUCUCGCAUGUAAUGGAUGCAGUGGAUUUUUCAAACGGAGUGUUCGUAGAAAGCUCAUUUACAGGUGUCAAGCUGGAACUGGAAGAUGUAUUGUUGAUAAAGCACAUCGCAAUCAGUGUCAAGCAUGUCGUCUUAAAAAAUGUAUGCAAAUGGGAAUGAACAAAGACGCUGUUCAGAAUGAAAGACAACCGAGAAACACAGCAACAAUUAGACCGGAAGCAUUGGUAGAAAUGGAUCAAGAAAGAGCUAUACGUGAAGCUGCUGUUGCCGUCGGAGUAUUCGGACCACCAUUGGCAAUGGCUAGAUAUGCACCACAAAUGCCACUUCCAACAAUGGCACCAACAAACACAACAACAUCAUCAUCACCACCACGUCAAGAUCCAGAUAAUGGUAAUAUAUCAGAUGACAGUAUAGAUGUCACGAAUGAGGAGCCAUUGACACCACAAAGAAAUAUAUGUUCUCAAUUACCACCAGUAAUGCCAUCACUUUAUUCACCAGCAAGUGCAGAAACAGUUUAUGAAACAAGUGCAAGAUUAUUAUUUAUGGCUGUUAAAUGGGCUAAAAAUUUACCAUCAUUUGCAAGUUUACCAUUUCGUGAUCAAGUUAUACUACUUGAAGAAGCAUGGUCAGAAUUAUUUUUAUUAAAUGCUGUACAAUGGUGUUUACCACUUGAAUCAUCACCAUUAUUUAGUGCAGCUGAACUAAGUGCAUUAACAUUAUCAACACAUGGUCAUCCACAUUCUGUUGUUCAUUUACAAAAUAAUAAUAAUAAUAACAAUAACAAUAAUAAUAAUAGUGGUAAACCAAGUCAAGUUGCUGCUGAUGUGAGACAUUUGCAUGAUACACUUCAACGUUAUAAAGCUGUUAUGGUUGAUCCAGCUGAAUUUGCAUGUAUGAAAGCAAUUGUACUCUUUCGACCAGAAACACGUGGUCUAAAAGAUUCUAGUCAAAUUGAAAAUUUACAAGAUCAAGCACAAGUAAUGCUUGGACAACAUGCACGAACACAACAACCAGGUAGUCCAGCAAGAUUUGGAAGAUUAUUAUUGAUGCUACCACUGUUGAGAACAGUACCAGCAGCAAGAGUUGAAUUAAUUUAUUUUCACAGAACAAUUGGUAAUACACCAAUGGAAAAAGUACUAUGUGACAUGUACAAAAAUUAAUUUAAAACGUUCAUGGCCUAUCGAAAAUAAUAAUAAAUUAAUUUAGAAAAAAAUAAGACAUUUCUAUCUCAUGAAUUUUAA